UUUUACCAGUCGUCGAAUUAAUUGGCGUGCACUUGACCUGUAAAAAACGAUUGUGUAAAUUUAGCAUAGGACUAUCUGCUGUGUAGAGUCUGAGGCUUUAGCAUGAGGCUACUUUUGGUUCAGCUUCGGUAUUCUUUACAAGCCAAAUGAUCUCGUGUGAUCCCAGCGAAUUAACCAUGUACCGCGGGUGACUGGAGUGUUUACCGAGUCGGAUGCGGCCUCGCAAAUUCGAUGGAGGACGACCUAUAAAUACAUAAUGAAACUGCAGUCUUGAGGAUGUGAUAAAUUCCAAGCUCACUUUUGCCCGAAGUGCCCGGCGAACGUAAAUUUAACAUCCAUUGGUUGUGUGCUGGUUGAAAUCGAAAACAGUCUGGUCGCAGAACUGGAUAUAUUUUUUCAUCUGUUGGGGAUCAUGUAGGAUGGCCAGACAGCGUAGCGGCGGAUUCCCCGCCCAGGGGAUCCCCACCCUAGGGGAGGAGACUGCGGACAUUGUGGUGAGGGAGUACCUGCUUUUUGAGCUGUCCGUGCUGACGCGGCUACGGACGCCGGACACCAAGGUCAAGGGUCGUCGGCGGAGCUAUGUCAGUCAGAAUAGGGUGUACUACCGGCUGUGCGCUCACAUGCAGCGCGGCUGCACCAGCGUCACACUUCUGGUGUGCAGUAAUGGCUACCUGUUGAUGCGUUGUGACGAGCCUGGUAAACCACCGAUCAUGAAACAGGUGCUAUGGUUCCAGAAUCCUCAGAAGGAGAUUGAAGCCAUUGCUCUCGAUCCGUCCGGACGCCAGGCAGUAUGUGCAUGUAGGGAUUCCUCUGUCUAUCUGGUCCCUGUCUAUACGUUACUACACCCAAGCACUGGGGCUAAACAGAGCUGGAAGGCGGACGAUCUCACACGGAUUAUCGCACCUAACAGAAGAGGAAUCCCUGCCCAGAUAGUCUGGUGGAACUCACCAGACGGGAGGCACAUCGCGAUCGUCGGCACGCAGGAGGGAGAGGUGGCUUUGAUUGAUGUAGCCGGCCGUAAAGUCGUCAGGGGGAUGAACCUGAAGGAGGAGAUAUCGCUGCUAGACGUCGUCCAUCAUCCUGGGGUGACGUACCUUCUUAUUCAGAGUGCCGGUGGAACCCAGUGGGGUCUGUUACUGGAGAAACAAAAGCUCGACGCUCACCGAAAGAGUUCUGACAUUGAGCUUGCCGUGCCGGGCUUUGAAGUCAUCCAUCCGCAUAGCGUACCCAAGCUGAACAUACUCUAUUCACAAGAGGGUCAGAGUAUGUUCCUGCCCUACUGCUUCAAUAACUUCAUGGACAUAGUGACUCUCUCCACACAGUCAGCCAUGGGCCACAGUUGUGUGGCAGCCCACGAUUACAAUUCCAAUAUCUACAAGAUAUUUGACAGUAGUAUUGAUAACUGGUUACCAUUGCACGUCUACCGGCUCCCUCCGCAGUGCACCCAUGUCAUCCUCACAGACAGACUCAUGUUUGUCAUUUACGUCCAAGACGGUGAUAUAGUAUUUGGUGUUUUAUCGAGUCAUUUAUCGGAGACGAGUAAGCAGGACCAGCCACUCAAUGAAGCGGCCGUCAUGCAAACGUUCUUCCUUCCGUCCGAUGAGAGAGUCAUUGCUGUCUAUAAAUGUUCCUUCCCUGCCGGCUACGUCAACGACAAGACGAGCAAGGAAUCAGAUCAACCUAAUAUAAGUCAGGGCGUUGAACAUCAAGUCCAGAUUCACAGGGACAAAUCUACAUCCAAACACGAGCUGCAGACGAGGAUAGAAUCACACACUGUCCUAGAGGGAUGUGUGCUGGUUACCGAUGUUGCCGUCUACCAGUGUAAACCAAGAAUAUCUCCAGAGGGGCUGUUCCUCGAGUUGGCCAUGGAAGAGGCUGAUACCUCCCUCCCUGAUAAUCUUGGUAUCACCCUGGGGCUUGACAUGAAUGGGCUGUAUGGACUGGCAGCCAAUCGCAGGCUAGUUGAGGGACAGACAAAGCUGGCCAUGAGACUGUACCAUCGCUCAGAGUGGUCGAGGUUGAAGCAAGUUGCCAACUUUGUGAGUCAGGGUUACAUCCCGGAAGCCCUGAGCCUGGUGCUGUCGGCCCUGAGCAAACCAGACGACCUCAGCACAGCCGAUAAGAGAAAGCUUGCCGAUACCGCAGUCAGAUGCUUCCUGUAUCAGAUACUGGAGGGACGCAGUGACGAGGCGCUCAUUGGAAGAUUCAGGCAGUUUCUGAUGGACAACUUUGACUACGAUGAGAUAUCCACGCUGGAGACAUUUGCCGAGCACGGCAUGCAGGAUCUGGUCUUUCAGGUGGCCAGGUCGCGAGGCCUUGUUGGCCAGGCCCUAGAGGCUCUCCUAACCCACGGCUCACCGGAGCUAGACUGUGAGCAGCAGUGUAAGCUAGUGUCCCAGGGAUUCAUCUCUACCAUGGCCAAUGCUGGCAACAAUGCCUUCCUGAUGAGUAUGACCACCCAGGAGGCCGUCAACAGGCUUGUAGAGAAGCCGGAGCUGUCCUAUCGAUACAUGGGACUCUUCAGUGGCUUCCUGGAUGAUCUGAAGUUGGCGACGCUGAUGAAGCUAGCAUGGUUGUUUGAUCCGUCCAAGCCCACUAUUAGACCGCUACUUACUAGAGCCGUCAAUACAGCAAAGACAAGUAUCCAAAAAUGUUCAUCCUCUGUAUCCUUGGACACCAUGAGCAGCCAGGGCUCAGCGGAGUCUCCAUUGGACACCACUCAGUCUUUUCCCAAGCCCAGUGCCCUGGUAGAAUUCUAUCUCCGAGUCCUCAUUGUACUCAACAGGAAGAGAUUAGACCAAGGUGAUUCUUCCAGCUUGCUGAACUUUGACCCCAGCACUGAUGGCAGCAGCCCGUCCAGUGACCGGAUACAUCAAUCGGUCAGUCUGCCUCCUCAGAGAAACGUCCUGUCGUGUGGUCAGUUUCACGUUGCCAUGGUUUCCGGUGAUGAUGUGUACACGUGGGGCAAAGCUCACGGAGGCAGGCUGGGCCAUGGUGACAUUAUCCCAGCAGACGGCAGAUCAGCACCGUUCCGUGUGGAGACACUUCACAUGCAUCAGAUACGUAUCAUCUCCGUAGCUUGCGGCAAGGAACACACUCUAGCACUAGGGGAGCAAGGAAGGGUAUAUUCCUGGGGUACCUCCAAGUGUGGUCAGCUAGGCCUGGGUGACCGGACCACUCACACCAGGCCGUCCUUGGUCCAAGCGCUGACCGGUCAAUGCUGUGUGGCCGUAGCGUGUGGUCAGUACCACUCUAUGGCGCUCACCAGGGAUCAAAAAGUGUACAGCUGGGGUUGGGGCGUCCACGGCCAGCUGGGCCACGGCUCCGUAGAAGACCAACUCCAGCCUCGGCACGUGACGGCCCUGGACCCCGUCCGCGUCACCCAGAUGGCCUGCGGCUACUGUCACAGCAUCGUGCUGUCUGCCGACGGCCAGGUGUACAUCUGCGGGUCGGGGACGUUCGGUCAGCUGGGUUUAGGCAAGGUUGUCAUGAAGAGAACCUCACCGACGCUGCUGGAUGGGUUCAACAAGGAGAGGGUUAUUGUGGUGGCUAGUGGAUUGUUCCAUAACAUUGCCGUGACAUCCGGCCCUCAGAAAGUCUACAUCUGGGGGAAGAGUCCCCUAGAGUUGCGUCAGUCCCUCCAGUCCUCCAGGAAACGCAAGACGUCUCGUGACGCCAGCGGCGAUUCGAUCGUUGUCGGCCGUCGGCGGUCGGUCACCGUCAUGGAGUCCAGACCGGAGGAUGAGAAUCAGUACUUGAGACCGUACGCCUUUGACUGCGGCAAGAUAUGCGCACCAAUUAAACAGGUUGCGUGCUCCAUCAAUCACAACCUCAUCUUGACCUCUGGAGGUCAGCUGUACAGCUUUGGUAAGAAUGACAGCGGGCAGCUUGGCCUUGGCCACAGGACGGAGCAGAGAAUUCCGGUUCUGGUGCGUAUAUCUGACGAGCACUGUAUAGCAGCCGUCGGUUCUGGGAUUGAGUUCUCUGUAGCCAUCACAUCACAGGGACAAGUCUUCUCAUGGGGAUCACCUGAAAAUGGACAGCUUGGUAUAGAUGCCAGUCAUCGCAGCCAUCUGCAGCUGCGGCCAGCGAUCAACAUCAACCCACGAAUCAGCAAGAGUGCCCAGUUGACCCGACUCAUCGUGAGCCCGACGCUGGUACCCGGCAUCCCGCUGGUAGCCCUGGCAUCGGCCAUCGGGAUGAAUGACAUCGAGGAAGAAAGCGACGAGGAGGACAUGGAGAGUUCUGACGAGGAAGAAGAGGAGGUCUUAGACUGGGACCUGCCCAACCUGAGCAGCCCGGACCUCAGCCAGCCCUCCUACGGCCCCCAGAGCCUGACCCUGUCUCUGACCUCACUGGACGCCCACUACAACCACCAGACCGUCCUCAAACUCUGCCACGAUUGGAGGGUCUGGCACGCGGCCGGCGACGUCUGCGAGCUGGACAAGAACUAUCCACUGGCGCUGAUGUAUAGAUUAAAGGAGAGGCAAGGGAGUGGGGCGGAGCUUAUGGGGUCUGACGGGGAGGGGGGACUGAAGGAGAUCACGGCAUUAGUUGACAGGUUCCUUAGACUGAUGUUUGAUAAAUCGACUGAUGUUACGCCCAGUGAUGCGGAAACCAAGGAGUCCUGUAAACUGCUACUUGUUCAGAUUCUGCAGUUCUGGGCGGAGCAAAACCUGCCUCAGGAAGCAUUGGAGAGUCUGUUGAGAGAUCACAUGGACAACGUUGCCUAUCCACUCAGCGUCCUGCUUAUCUGUGACAGUCCCGAAUCGUCAGCCUCGGUUGUGAGUGGUUCCUGCGUAGUUCCUCCAAACCUCAUCCAGAGGUUCACUUCCAAAUUCUGCUUGGAGGUGACGUCGGCCGUGGUGCAGCACGUGAACCAGGGAAAACCCUGCGACGACUACCAGCCGACUGGAGCUAACCCGGACGAGACGAAGGAGAGAAAUAACACCUUAGCCUCCCCAUCAGCCGUUUCGUCCAAAAGCGACAUGUACAGCCAGCCUGGGGGAACUGGAACCGUGGCUGCGGAGAGACUAUGGGAAGAAGUUCUACACAACCUGGGCAAGGAUGCCCAAGGGAGGGCGCAUGUCACUAUAACCAAGGGCGAGGCCGCGGGAUUGGUGGACUCAACGCCGGCCGCAGACGAAGCAGAGAUAACAGACUGUGUCGUGUUCACCUGCGGCCACCAUUACAAAAAACGGACUCUGCAGGAAAACGUCAAAUCGUGGAUCAACAAGAUGGCCGCCUUGCCAGUACCGUUGCCUAGCAACACCCAGUCCCUUAGCAACCUGUACUCCAAGGGGGGCGGGUUCCUACCCACGUCGUGUCCAGCCUGCCUGCACAGCUCCUUACAGCUGGAACAGCAGUCCGAAGGCAUGUCAACGUGAGUACAAAACCAAAACAAAGUCUACCUGAAAACCAAAGAGGUAUUACGAAAGAAAAAAAAUAUAACGUGUUUAAUUUCUGUGCAAGAGAAACUUAACGUAUUGUAGGCGAGUAUUUGUAUGACAUCUGUAUGAAUGGUUGUACCGAUUUGGAAAUUUUUUUUAAGCAUCAUUUUGAAGAUGGAUUAUGUGCUGUUCCAUCUUUUUUAAGGAUCAUUGAUGUUUAUGCAUUAUCCUUACUGUUAUUCCUGGGUGAGGUUAUUCAGUACAGCAGCCACUUUCAUGAAACAUUGCACAUGCAGACCAACAAAAUAAAUUUGUUAGGCAGCUGAACAGUGUACUCACAAUUUGAUUUUGAAAAACUUGCCGCAGCUUAGUCAAAGACGAAGCCAGCUUUUACCACGUUUACGAGGACCAUUUUUGAAUGAUCGGCGAAUAAACUUGUCCAUUUCUUAUUUACGUGACACAACUUACGAAAAAUGUACGCCACCCAAAAUGACUGCAUACCAUGGGCAAUUAUUGCAAAAGAAAGUACUUGUUUUUGUUGGAUAAGUUGCAAUCUAGCGCAUUGAAAUGCAUCAUAACUUGUUGAGCAUAUGUACAUCAUUGGCUUUUGCUGUAAUUUUCAGAAAUGAACUAUUUGAGGGGUUAGUAUAAUAGAUCAAAUAUUGUUACACUGACAUGUUUUAAGUUUUGUGUUCGAAAAUGCUGUAA